GCUCGAUGCUCAACGACCGUAUGUAGUGUUCGUGAAGGUAUUCGAAGCUACUCUAUAUUUUAUUCCAACGAAAAUGAAGAUGUCAUUUCAUAUCGGUGAAAACGAAGUUAUUUUGUUCGACGAAUGGCAUCCGGUAGAUUGGCAAGGUCUUGGAUGGUCGAUGGUUGGUGUUAUUCUCAUAGCGUCUAUAUACGAAGGGAUAAAAAAUUACCGCGAUCAUUUAUACAUCAAUACAACACGUUUAUGGAAAAAUAAAGAAAUUAAUAAUAGAGGAACAUUACUCUUUUCCAAAAUACACUUUCUUCAAACGAUUAUUCAUGUCAUUCAACUGGUCAUAGGAUAUUGUCUUAUGUUGAUAUUCAUGACGUACAAUAUUUGGCUUUGUAUCGCAGUAACAUUGGGCACGGCUCUCGGUUAUUGGCUGUUUUCUUGGGAUAAAUCGAACGGUGACAGCGAUGACUGCUGCUUAUAAAUUUUACAUCGAAUACGUAUUUUAUCCUGAUAUCGAUAUUAUUUUGUCCCCUGAUGUAAGACACGUUAUAAUUGUAAAAAUUAUGAUAUUCUUAAUAAAUUUUUCAUACCAA